GGCUUGUUACAUUUCAAGACAUCAUCUUGGGAAGCUCGCUACGGCUCUCAGCAAGCACCGCAAACAGCGAUUGGAGUCGCACCGCGUUUCAGCACGGGCAGACAGCUGGGAGGCGGCUAGAGAAGACUUUCAGAAGACGCAUACAGCCAGACGUGGGUGUAGAUGAGGGAGCGGCGUCUGGCAAUGUGCACUAACCUCAUCCCGGAAGGCCAGAGUGCAGGUUUGGUUUAAGAACCGAAGAGCCAAGUUCCGCAAGAAGCAGCGAAGUCUCCAGAAAGAACAACUUCAGAAACACAAGGACUCCGAGGUCAGUGACAGCAAGACAGACCCCGCCCCCGCAGAGCCGACGACUCCCAGCCACGACUCCACCAAACCACACACCUCUGUGACCGAGCCAGCGCGGAGCUGAACCUCACCUUGUCAGAGCAAUCGGCCAGCGAAUCAGCAGCUUCUGAGGAUCAGACCGACAAGGAGGAGGAGCCCAAAUGUCCGCAGAAGACACCAAGGAGGAGAAACCUCUGACCUCCGACUCCAAAAUCCCCAACUAUAAGAGAGCAAGUCCCAAAACAGAGUCUCCGGUCAGCUCCUCGAUGGCGGCCUCCUCCAGCAGCGGCCUCCCUCCGACUCACUCGUACUCCUCGUCUCCUCUCAGCCUCUUCCGCCUGCAGGAACAGUUCCGCCAGCACAUGGCCGCCACCAAUAACUUGGUCCAUUACUCUUCCUUCGACAUGGCCAGUCCUCCCACCAUGCCCUACCUAGGGAUGAAUGUCAGCAUGGCGCCUCUCAGCUCUCUGCACUGCCAGUCCUACUACCAGUCCUUGUCUCAUGCCCAGCAGGUCUGGUCCUCCCCCAUCCUGCAGAGCUCUGGGGCCCUUCCCAACCUCAACAGCAAGACCACCAGUAUUGAGAACUUGAGGCUGAGAGCCAAGCAGCACGCGGCCUCGCUGGGCCUGGACACCUUACCCAACUGA